AUGGAGGCCAUUAAGCAGACCUUUGCCAAGUGCAAGGAGCAGCGGCGGGCCGCCCUCGUGGCAUACAUUACUGCCGGAUAUCCCACUGUCGAGGAGGCCGUCGAUAUUCUGUUGGGAUUGGAGAACGGCGGUGCUGAUAUCAUUGAGCUCGGAAUUCCUUUCACUGACCCGAUUGCCGAUGGCCCUACCAUUCAAAAGGCCAACACCAAGGCCCUCGACAACGGCGUCACCCUCACAACCGUCCUUGGAUUUGUGCGUGAAGCGCGAAGCCGGGGAUUGAAGGCCCCGCUUCUUCUGAUGGGCUACUAUAACCCUGUUCUUCGAUACGGCGAGGAGCGCAUGCUCAAGGACUGCAAGGAGGCUGGUGUCAAUGGUUUCAUCAUGGUCGAUUUGCCCCCAGAGGAGGCUGUCCGCUUCCGUGACCUCUGUGCGAGCACCGGUCUUUCAUACGUUCCCCUCAUUGCCCCCGCCACCUCCGAUUCCCGCAUGAAGCUUCUGUGCAAGAUUGCCGACUCCUUUAUCUACGUCGUGUCCCGUAUGGGUGUGACUGGUGCCACCGGAAAACUGAGUGCCAACAUCCCUGAACUUCUGGGCCGUGUCCACGAAUACUCUGGAAAUGUUCCCGCGGCUCUCGGGUUUGGUGUCAGCACCCGCGAUCACUUCCUGUCCAUUCAAGAUACCGCCGAGGGUGUCGUUAUUGGCAGUCAGAUCAUCACCGUGGUCGGCCAGGCUCCCGCUGGUCAGGCUGCCAAGGCUGCUGAGGAAUACCUCUCUAGUGUUACUGGCCGCAAGCUUGAGCGUAAUGAAGAGGGAUCCCUCACCCAUGAGAUCAAUGUCCUCGAGGCUGUUCAGAAGGCUCUGCCCACUGCCGAGACUCAACCCACCAAGGUCAUCACCGAGGCCGACACCCCCGCUGGUCCUGGCCUGGGUGACCAGCUCGAGGCCCUGAAUGUCACCAAGGACCCCUCUUCCCAGCCUUCGCGCUUUGGUGAGUUCGGUGGUCAGUACGUUCCCGAGUCUCUCAUGGACUGCCUGGCCGAACUGGAGAAGGGUUUCGACGUGGCCCGCAAUGACCCCAAGUUCUGGGAGGAGUUCCGCUCCUACUAUCCUUACAUGGGUCGCCCCAGUAGCCUUCACCUUGCCCAGCGAUUGACCGACCACGUUGGCGGUGCCAACAUUUGGUUGAAGCGUGAGGACCUGAACCACACCGGUAGCCAUAAGAUCAACAACGCUUUGGGCCAGAUUCUUAUUGCCCGUCGUUUGGGCAAGACCCAGAUUAUUGCCGAGACCGGUGCUGGCCAGCACGGUGUCGCGACCGCUACCGUUUGUGCCAAGUUCGGCAUGAAGUGCACAGUCUACAUGGGCGCUGAGGAUGUCCGUCGUCAGGCUCUCAACGUUUUCCGCAUGAAGCUCCUUGGUGCUUCCGUUGUGGCAGUCGACGCUGGUAGUCGCACCCUGCGUGAUGCCGUUAACGAGGCUCUCCGUGCCUGGGUUGUUGAGCUUGACACCACUCACUACAUCAUCGGCUCUGCCAUUGGCCCCCACCCCUUCCCGACUAUCGUCCGUACCUUCCAGUCCGUCAUUGGUGACGAGACCAAGCAGCAGAUGAAGGAAGCUAUUGGCAAGCUCCCCGAUGCUGUCGUCGCCUGCGUCGGUGGUGGCAGCAACGCCGUUGGCAUGUUCUACCCCUUCUCCAAGGACCUCAGCGUCAAGCUUGUCGGCGUUGAGGCUGGCGGUGACGGUGUUGACACUGCGCGUCACUCUGCCACCCUGUCCGGUGGUUCAAAGGGCGUGCUGCACGGUGUCCGCACCUAUGUUCUCCAAAAUGAGCACGGCCAGAUUUCUGAGACCCACUCCAUUUCUGCUGGCCUCGACUAUCCCGGUGUCGGUCCCGAGCUGAGCGCCUGGAAGGACGCGGACCGCGCCACCUUUAUCGCUGCCGAUGAUGCCCAGGCUCUGGCUGGCUUCCGUGCCCUUGCUCAGCAUGAAGGUAUCAUUCCCGCCCUUGAGUCCUCUCACGCUGUCUACGGCGCUAUGCAGCUGGCCAAGUCCAUGAAGAAGGGUGAGAACAUUGUCCUCAACCUGAGUGGACGUGGUGACAAGGAUGUCCAGAGUGUCGCCGACGAGCUCCCCCGAUUGGGACCGAAGAUUGAUUGGGAUCUGCGAUUCUAA